CACAUCACAAAAACGAAAGUGCCACACAACAGUCAUCUGUUGAUCUUUCAAAGAGACAAAAGAACGCUGCCGGACAUUUCUUUUUGAUGUCCAUUGUUUUGAUAGGCAUUUCAGCAGGAAGCAUCAUAUUUGGAAUUUUACUGAUUGUCGAUAAAGACAAAGAGACGUUCGUUUUCUCAAGGGACACAGGCGCUCCAAUAUGGUCAGGAGCAGUGCUCCUGUUAAGUGGUAUAUUUUGUUACUUUGUCUCUAACAUGGAUAUUGAUGAUCGAAAUCUACCAUCUCCCACCUACAUCAUGAGAGUGAAUGUUUACAGAGUGAUGAACGGGGUGAGCUUCGGAAUAAAUGUCAUAGCUGUUGGACUCUGUUCGGUUCCCGUCAUCAUGCUUUUAAUCUUUUGCAUCGCCAUAUCUGUUGAUGGUGGCGAUUACACGUGUUCUGUUGAGGAAAGCCGGAAGUGGGACAUUGUAGCAUUGAUAUUCUCCAUCAUUUUGUGUAUCGCUAACGAUGUUGGGUUUGUUUUAUUGCGGAUUAUUGAUAAAGAAUUGCAAUCUGAUGGAAAAGGAAACACUUCUAGCGAUAUCAGAAACACUAGAGUAAACCCAACCGAUAGAGAAAACGACAUUCAAAGAAAUAUAGAUCCACCCCAACAGAACAUUUAUAUAGCUAGUAAUUUAGAUCCGCAACAACAGAACAUAAAUAUGCCUAGUGAUUUUAAUCCACCCAAACAGAAUACAUAUAAACCUAUUGAUUUAGAUCCGCCCCAACAGAACAUUCAAAUUCCUAGUGAUUUAGAUCCGCCCCAACAGAACUUUACUAUACAUGUACCUAGUGAUUUAGAUUCGCCCCAACAGAACAUUAAUAGACAAAGUGAUUUAGAUCCAUCUACACAAAAGAAAAAUAAAAAAGGGAAGAGAAAGAAAAGGAGAAUUAGUGAUCUAGAUUAACAGGUUUUUAUGGGUUGAGAAUAUUGAUUGGGAUGACUAUAAAAUAUGUU